AUGAGUUAUAGGAACAGAGAUCAUCAAAACAACCCGUAUGGGGGCUCGUCCGACUCCUACGAAGGGGGAAGAUCCAACGGUUACUAUUACAACAAUAGUAAUAACGGUGGAUCGAAUUAUAAUAAUGGCAGCCGAGGACAUUUGGAUAAUUAUUCUAAUCCUAAUAGCCACUCCAAUGAUAAAGUUAGUAGCAAAAAUUAUCAAAAUACAAGAGAAACAAAUUACAAAUCUUCAUCAGACAAUGUCAGUGGAACUGGAUCAGCAUCUAGUUCUUUGGAGCCCGAUGAUGAAACGCUUUUGAAAUAUUACCAAUUGGACACUCUUAACCCAACGUCGUGGAACAACUCCACAGCAAAAGAGUUCGAAUAUGAUCCAGCAGAUACCGAGGAUGUGGAUAAAGCAUACGAGAUUUUAAAAAGCUUAAGUGAUUCCAGCACAUUUUUUGUGAAACAAAUAGUUGAUGAACCGGAUCCAUUGGGUUAUUUUAGUUCUGUCAGCAGAGCUUUACAAGAGAAAAGAAUUAUUCAAAGCGAUGAUGAUCCACUGAAACAGAAUUAUUUGGUCGGCUCUAAAUCUUUCAAUCCAUUGUUAUUCUUGAAACAUCUUCAUGAUGCUGAUAGCUUCAAUACGUUGAAUCAAUCGUUAGAUUUUUUGGAAAACAGCAUUGCUGAGCAAUCCCAACAAUUGAGAGGGCUAAUCAAAAAUGAAUUCAUUAGAUUCGUGAAGUCCAAGUCAUCUUUAGAUAGUGUUUUUGAUCAAAUUCAAACUUCAGGAUUACUAGCUGGUGGUAAUGGUAUUGACGAUCAUGCGGCAAAAGAGAAUCCUCUAUUAAAACUAUCGAAUAAUUUGACCAUGGCCAAUUCCAAAGCCUCAGCGAUCAUCCAACCAAUCGUGGACAAUAAAAGGAAAGAAAAUAAUUUGAAAAGCGCAUUAGAAAUGGUUGAAUCAAACAGAUAUUUGUUUGAUUUGCCAACAACAUUGAUGAAGAACAUUGAAAAUAAUGCUUAUGAUAGUUUAACUUCUAAUUACAACAAGGGUAGGGAUAUGUAUUUUGCAAUGAUGGAGAACUCUAUUUCAUCAACGAGUAGCUCUUUAGAGAUUGCUACUAGAAAAUUAUUAGAUAGAGUUUGGGAAGAAGUGCAGGCAAUUGUGGAUUCAUACAAGAAAGAUUUAUGGGAAAAAUUGGCGGAUACUAACUCUUCUGACAAUGCUUAUGUCAGUAUUAUUUCCAAAUUAUUGGAAUUAGGAGUGGAGGAUAAUCCAAUCGUUGUUUGGAUCAAUACUCAGUUCAAUAGUUUGGUGGAUGGGAUCAAUUCAAAUUUCGAGAAAUUGUUUGAAAACAUUAAGGCUACCCAAACUCACAUUUUGGAAACUAUUAAUAUCACCGAUAUCACGUUCAUUUAUUACUUACAAGGAAUAAGUAAAAGCGAAUCUUCUACAUCAACAAAUGUCGAUAAAUUGAAUAAACUCUCACAUGGAUUAGUCGAUUGUCCAGAAAUUAUUGAGAUGUGGCUCAUCAUUAAAAAAUUGAUUGAUGAUACUAUUGUACUGUCCUCGACCAAAGUGAGGCAGUAUUGGAAUGUUUGUGAGUUAUUUUUAAAUAACAAGAUCCAAUCCACAUUGCCAAAGGGUUACAAAAAUGAAUCUGCUGUACAUUUGAAGUUGGCGAGUUAUGAAAAGGAGAGGAUCAGCAAAAAUGGAGAACAGCUAAUCAAGUUGGUUUGUGAAGGGUUUGAAAGGUUUUUGAACACUACCCGUGAUAAUUUGUCGGAUUUAUCGCUUAAGACUCGGGUUAAUUCUGAAACACAAGAUAAUUAUGAAAUUAAAUCUCCUCAAUAUUACGGUUUCAUUCCCCCUUAUGCUAAUUCCAUUAGCACAAUUAGAUAUUUGGAAAAAUUCAUGACUUCUGUUUUCAUUUCUUACAACAAUCUCGGGAAUUUAAAUAUAUCGACCAAGGCAAUCGAAACUUUGAAAGCAUCGUAUUCCAGAGUUUUAAAGAAAUUCAUUAUUGGGAUUUGUUCAACCUGGGCCAAUGAUGUUUCAUUUUUCAACACUUUGGAGGACUAUAAUAUAACCAAUAUCAAGAAAGAUUUGGUGAACUCCAAUGAACUAAUCGUCAGUAAUGUUAAUGAAGCCAAAACUAAUUAUAUUAAGUUCAACGAUAUCGAUAGCUCGUUGACAAUAUCUGAAUUGAUUUUGAUUUAUCAAAAAUUUGUCAUCAAGAAUUUGAAUGACAUAAUAUUCAUUGAUAAUAGCUUGGGAAAUCAUAAUAAGGAACUAAUUAAAGAUCAUAAUAUCAAGAUUUUCACAACCCCAAAUGAUAAGUUCUUCAGCUCGAUCCAAAAUCUUUUCUUGAAGAAUUUAGAGAUUUUAUUGAUUUCAAUGAUGAAAAAAGUCACCAACGAAAAUAAAGGCGAAACCGUUGAUAGUGAUAGCGAAAAGUUAAUGGAAACAAAAACCACCACCUUGGAUUUGUACGAGUUGUGGACUUUGGAUAAUUUUAUUGAAUUGGAAGAUAGAACUUUGGGUGAGAUCAUUAGGUUUUAUGAUGAAACUUUUAAUACUAGGUUAUCGAAGUCUGUUGGCAAACUUGAUAUUUUUGCCAGUUUGUUACCGAAAUUACAAAAAGCCACAUUCAACAAUUAUUGCGAUUUGAAGAAACAAGUGUUGAGUAAAAUUAUUGCCAAGGGAAUAUCAUCCACUGAACGUAAAUCAGACUGGAAUACAACCGUUGCCCCAAAGAAGAUUAGCAACCAUAUCUAUGAAUGCUUGACUUAUCUUGUCAUUCUUCAUUCUACAAUUGCUAAGGUAUCCAAGAAUUUGAUCUACACAAUUAUUCAUGAACUACAAAACCAUAUUGCCACCGAAUUGUACGAUAAUUUCAAGCUCGUUCCUGAAUUUUCUACCAGCGGUUUACAACAAGUUGCAAUCGAUAUUCAGUUUUUCAAAAAAGUUUUCAGCAAAAAUCAAAAUUUCAAAUUGGGUAAGACUUCAUCUGCCAACUUGAACUUGAUUAUUUUGAAAGUCAUCAAAACCAGAACCGAUCCAGAAAUGAUCUUAAGUAGUAUCGAUACUUUGGUUGAAAACAAUGUUCAAUCUUCAAAGCUUAGUUUUAGCUGUUUUUAUCAAUCUCUAUAA